GGGAGAGGUUCGCAGAGAAAACAACACGUGUGUACGGAUUAGCUGGAGAUCGUCAAAUUAAUUACUCAAUACCAUGGCAACACUUGAAGAGACAAAAGCAGUAUGGAAGAGAGCAGAUGCGGUCUGUUUUGAUGUCGACAGUACAGUCAGCACAGAGGAGGCAAUCGAUGAGCUCGCCGCUCACUGUGGAGUCGGAGACGAAGUAGCUCAAUGGACCAAGAAGGCAAUGGAUGGGAGUAUAACAUACAAAGAGACGCUGACAGCAAGAUUAAAGAUUAUUAAUCCAUCCUUAGAUAUUGUAAAGAGUUUUAUAGACAGUCAUCCGCCAGCAAACUAUCUUACACCUAAAGUCAGGGAACUGAUUGAGCUUCUUCUCGCUCGAGGCACAGCGGUGUACCUUGUGACUGGUGGAUUCUACUGUACAGUCGCUGAACUAGCCAAAUCUCUCAACAUUCCCCUGGAAAAUAUCUACGCUAACAAGCUCAAGUUCUUCUAUAAUGGUGAGCACGCUGGUUUCUGUGAGGAACAACCAACAUGUGCAGCGGGAGGGAAACCCGCCGUUGUGGGUAUGUUGAAGAAGAAACACGGCUACAAGAACGUCGUCAUGAUUGGAGACGGAGCCACUGACCUGGAGGCUUGCCCUCCUGCAGAUGCGUUUAUAGGAUUUGGUGGUAACAAGGUCAGAGCGAAGGUUCAGGAAGGUGCUCGCUGGUUCGCUAACAGCUUCCAAGAGCUCAUCGACGUCCUACAAGAGUCAUCUUGAUGUUUUUAAAUCCUUCAAGGAAAUGAGAUUCUUCAGAGCGGAAAAUUUCUGCAGAGUAAAUCUGUGAAACUCUGCGUGCCUUUCCUGCCUCAAAAUGAGAAAUGAGAUACUUUUUUUAUGCUGCAUAUAUACGAGAAAUUAACUAAAUCUUAGAUCAUGAAUGAAAUUUUGUGAUUAAAAUUGUGUAUUUUCAAAUCCUUAUAUCGACUGAUCGUUAAUGAUGAGGGCACGUACAGUCUGCAAUGUGGUGAUUACAUCCGGACAGUUUUUAAGUCAACCCUCUUACUAUUUGACCAUUCAAUAUCAUACGCAUGGUUUUGUAUAAGAGAUGAACUAUAUGCCAGCUGGCAGUGUGAUAGCAUGUGGUGAAUGCAUCUACACAGUGCUGUAUAAGUCAACCCUACUACUGUCUGCUUCAAAUGUUUGUGUAUGAUAAAGGCUCCAUCCCAGCCUACAUGUAUGUAGACUUGAUGACAAGUCUUUAGCGCUGCCCCAAACACGUAUUCUGCAGUUCAUGCAACAGUCACAGUGCGAUUAUCGUUCAUGCAACGGUCGUAGGUAGCGUGUGGCAAGGUCCGUCAUCAGCUCUAACUCACAUUGACUCACACACUUACUAUAAUUGAGGAUGUGUGUACCGUCCCCGUAGCUACACCGUGCUUAACAAUAACCGACUUGAUUUCAAGACUAACAUGUAUGAUACCAUUGAAUGAGUGCAUCUUAAAAACAGUACACAGUCAACUCUCCUAGUUCUGUAGGAUUUAACAUUUUGCAUGGUGGGAAUACAAUCACGUGAUAUUUUGAUUAUGUUUUUUUUUCUUUAUAACUUCGGUACAGUAUCAAUUUGAGUAUAGAUUAAUACAUUUACUUUCAUUAAACAGGGUCUACUGAAUCUGAGUAAUGUGAA